AUGACUUCAACUGCUGUGAGGGUGGGCUUACGUGCACGGCCUUUGACACAAAAAGAACGACUCAGCAAUUGCACCGAAUGCGUUUCUUACAUUCCCAAUGAGCCACAAAUCCUCAUCGGCACCGACAAGUCUUUCACCUACGAUUAUGUGUUUGACAGCAACACCGAUCAAGCAAGCGUUUACUCGACUGCUGCUCUCCCAUUAGUGCAAAAGUUUAUGGAAGGUUUCAAUGCCACCAUUCUUGCAUAUGGGCAAACUGGAUCUGGCAAGACAUAUAGUAUGGGCACAGGUCUUGAGCAUACCAACAACCCUGAUCAUGAAGGCAUUGUCCCGCGUUGUAUCGUUGAUCUUUUCGACAAGCUUGAAUCUCGUGCACAAGAGGAGACCGAUUUUAGCUAUGAGAUUGCUGUAUCCUUUUUGGAAUUGUACAACGAAGAACUUAUCGACCUGUUGAACCCUGCCACCAGUCAAAAGAGGAAAAGCAAUGCCAACACUAUUGCAAAUACGACUGAAGUCACCAUUCGUGAAGACAUUGCUGGCAAUAUCUACUGGAGCGGUGUUCGAGAAGAGCCCUGUCAAGAUCCUGAAGAAGUCCUUGGAUUCCUUGCCAAAGGUUCCUUAUGCCGUACCACGGGCUCCACUGAUAUGAAUACGGUGUCUUCAAGAUCACAUGCCAUCUUCUCGGUGAUAUUGAAGCAGAAUCAACCUGAUCAAGAUGGCUCCACCAAGUCAUUGACAAGCAAGUUCCAUUUUGUCGAUCUUGCAGGUUCAGAGCGUUUGAAGCGCACCAAUGCACAAGGUGAUCGAGCCAAGGAAGGCAUUGCUAUCAACUCUGGUCUUUUGGCUUUGGGCAAUGUGAUCUCUGCUCUUGGUGAUGAAUCAAGGCGUUCUGCUCAUGUUCCUUAUCGCGACUCCAAAUUGACACGUUUGCUGCAAGAUUCAUUGGGUGGCAACAGUCAAACCUUGAUGCUUGCAUGUGUAUCCCCUGCUGAUUCCAAUUUUAUGGAGACAUUGAACACGCUCAAAUACGCCAAUCGUGCACGCAAUAUCAAGAAUAGAGUCACCAUCAACCAAGAUUUUGCUGGCAACUCAAUUGAGAUCAAUCAACUACGCUCCUUGGUGGCACGUUUACGCAUGGAGAUUACAGCACUACGGGCAGAAAAAACGGGAGACAGCUUUGCUGAUAGCAUUCAACGUGACGACCAUACGAUUGCUUUGAAGAAAGAGAACGCUCGAUUGCGAGAACGUAUCGAUGAUUUGAGUGCCAAUUUGAUCCAAGCAACAAGUGAGCGUGACACCCUUAUUAUGGAGCGUGAAUUGGAUGAAUUUGUUACAUCACCUCAACAAGAGCAUGGCAACGGUGAUGGUUCCCAUGACAACGCCACACCCUCUACUAAGGGCAACGUUCAUCCUAUCAUUGCACAAUAUCAAAAGACGAUUCAAGAUCUCAACAAUGAGCUUGCCGAUACCCGUGAUCGUUUAUCCUUCCUCGAAGCCAUGAAACCCGCCAUGGAUAUAGCACGGGCCAACUUUUCAGGCACAACAACCACCACAACCACUGCAUCGCGUCGACCACGUAAGAAUCCAAGUGCAUCUACCAGUCAACGAAGAAAACGUCAUCAUCGACGACGUCGUGGUGGUGCCAACAAUGGUCGAAUGAAUCCCAGCACAAGUCUCACCACUUCCAACAGCAAUGGUACUCGCUCGGCACGAUCACGACACCACAAGCUCAAAGCUACCGCUUCACAUGCCACCAACAAGUUCCAAGACCUUGAAGAGGAUGAAGGCUUUGUCAAUGAUGUCCAAGAUGAGAACAUUCGUCAAGAAGUACGUGAUAGCAUCGCCAAAGCACGUGAUGAAAUCAAAAAGGGCAUGCAAGUGCUUGAAUUGAUUAAGCCAUUGGAUGACACAGCCAAGGCCUGGGAAGAAGAGCUCAAGAUGUUUGAAGAUGAAGAACAUCGUCUCAACAUGGAACGUCAAUCAUCAGACGAAGGACAUUAUUCAGCUGCACCAUCCCCAGUCAAUGACAAUGGUGAAGAUGACGAUGAUUAUCUUUUGCAAGAGCUUGAACAUUUGGCUGUGCCUACAUGGGAAGAUCCCGUAAAGCUCAAUCAGAAGCAAGAGUGUGAUGGCAAAUCAGAGACUACGACUACUGAGCAAUCCAUUGACAGCAAAUCCAGCGCGUUUGAACAAUUACAACAGCAAGUGGAUAAGAGCAAUCCCCAAAUGGCACGAAUGCUACACCAAAUUCAAUCUGAUAUCAAGGUCAAGCAAGAACUCGUAUCGCAUUUAGAGAAAUCAGAGACUGAAUAUGCAUUCAUGAGACGCAAGUUUGAUGACAAGAUCGCUUAUUUCCAAUCACAACUUGCCGAAUUGCAACGUGAACGAGAUGAAGCAUUGGAUCGUACAAAGUCUCGAUUCAGCACCAAUAAAUCCAACAAGGCUGAUGUUGCAUUACAACAACGAGAGAAGCAGCAAUUGAUUGAUAUUCGUCAUGCAUACGAGGCCAAGAUGAAGCACUUGUUGUGUGAGAUUCAAGAUUUACGUCGAAAGUAUUCCCAAAUGACAUCGACUAUGCAAGCAACUCGCAACCAGAACGAGACAUUGCUGAGAUCCUUGCGUGCCAAUGUUGAGACAUUGCAAGUGGAGAAGAAGCGUAUGGUGAAACGUAUGAAAGCUGAAGCCGAACGUGUGCGAGAACAAAUGUCUACUCAAGAACGACGUAUUCAUCAACUUCAACGUCUUCAAGCUGAAGCAAACAUGGCCAAGCAGCGAUUGGAACGUGAGCAUGAGAACCAAAAGCUGAUCCUCAAGAAACGUAGCGAGGAGAUCAUGGUGAAUCAAGCUCAGCUUAAGCAACUUGUCAAUGUCUUGAAAAAGGCGGUGCGUGAAGGUGGCGUGCUUGACGAGCGACUGUUGGGUCGUGUGUCACAUAUUGUCGGUGGUAGCUUUGCUAUUGUUGCUCGUCGUGGUGGAUUUGGUUACAGCAACAACAACAAUGGCCGACGUCGUGGUGCUAAACGGGUAAAUCCAAUUCCUGUACAAGUACGUGCCACCCGCAAAAAGGAGCUUUUGGACAAGGCGUUGGGCCAAUUCAUCCAAGGCAAGCAAGCGGUUGCUGAGAUGGAGCAAUUACUUGUACGUCGUGAGCGUUUGGCUACUGAAAAGGUGGAAUUGCUUGAAGAGCGCAAGCAGAUUUAUAUGGCCGAGAAGGAGAAUGCUGAUACCACGGGAGAACCUAUGGACACAAUGGCGAUUGAAUUGAUGGAUGAGCGCAUUGAUCUAAUGUCAGCAGAGAUUUCAUAUCUAUCGGCUCGGAUUCGGGCUUUGCAAUCUGAAGCAGCGGGUGAUGAUAUAGGACAAUCCGAUGAGAACAAUAACAACCAUGGUGGUGGUACAACAACCUCGCGUGUUGAGAAACAUGUCACUUUUGCCGACGAGAUUAUCACCGAUCCACAGCCAACAGAUGAAUGGGCCGACAUGGAUGCGUUUGAAGAACAUUACAAUGUACCCAGCAACGCCGCACCUGAAGUUGCUUACGAUGUCACAGUGAAACUACUAAAGUCUUUGGAAACGGAUGAAUGCCGACGUAUCACUGAAGCACUUGUGGAUGAUAUUAUGAGUCUCAGGAUGAAUGAAUGCAAUCGACAAUCCAUGCAACAGAAUUUGGAAAAGACGGUGAUGGACUUGAGACGCACAUUGAUUGUCAUGAAGAGAGCUGCCAUAGCAACGACGGUAGAAAAUGAACGACGUAUCCGAAAGUUAGAAGAACUCAGAGAUGGCGGCGUCAUUGACAGAUCCAAGUCACCCAUUGAUGUCAAAAUUGAGGAAUACAUUAAUGGAGGCAACACAAUUUUCGACAAGAUUUAUGAAGAUGGCAUACGAGGAUUGAUCAACACAACCCCUGAGCCUGGAAUGGAAGAUGAUGAUGAUUUUAUCAUGAACAGCAAUAGCAGCAGUGGUGGUGGUGCUGAUGUUGUGACAGGAGGAACUUCGUCUGGAUCUUCGGUUGUUUCUUCUGGUACCUUAUCAUCAAGCGGUGGUAGUAGUGGUAGUAGCCAUGGCAACAGCAGCAGCGGAGGUGAACGAGGAUCUCCAAAACCACCUAAAUCGCUUAGGGUGAACAAGACACCAGUGCCUGGAGGAGGACAACGAGAAACAACACCAUCACCGGAUCGAUUUUACAACAUGAUUCAAAAGCGUUUAUCUUGGCAACAGCAAAGAACGGGUGGAUCUGAAUCACCAGUGCCAAUCACAAUGAUUAGCCCUGCUGAAUUUGCACGCUAUACCGCUGAUCGAGACUCAUCGACAUCAUCGAUUCGAAGCAAUCAUCUCCGACGAUCGUCAAUCCAAUCAGAUUUUUCUUCUUCUUUGAAUUCCUGGAACAACACGUCGUCAUCCAGCAGCCUUCAUCGUAAACCUCGCCAUCGUGCUUCUCUACGUGAACUAAGCCAAGAAGGGUUGUUUGAACAAUACCCACCGCCACUCCCGCCAUCAUCACCGCUCGCUAAUUAUUCAACACAGACACGCCAACAAUAUCGACGUCAAACUGUACCAAUGGUGGAACAUCGAUCCAUGACUCCCAAUAGUAGUGGUAACGUUUUUGAUCGACUUGCUCAAACACCUACUCGUGCUUCCCGCGCAAAAAUGUCCUCCCAACGCCAUAGCAGCGGCAGCUUUGAAGAAUUACGACAACGAUGGGAUAGCAUACAACAAGAACGAGUUGAUAGCCCUGCAGCUGUAUAUUGA